AGACAUCCUCUUCACUAUAAUGUCCACCAAUCGUUUGGAUUCCACUUUGAUAGUGCAUGUUUCUCAACGGCCAUGAAACACCACCACCACCCUCUUCCACCAACAACCACCUCAAGCACUUUGGUUAAUUCUUUACUUUCUUUUCCAUGAAAUCUUCAUCUUCCUAGUCAGACCCACAACCUCAUUUGCCCAAACUUCAAUCUUCUUCAUCUCAAGAUGUCCAUUUGUGUACCCUUCCAUGGAUUCACACUCUACUCACCAAAGGGCCAAAGCUUCAAGAGACUCUUUUCUUCUCAUUUCAUCAAUCAUGCUCAGGUAAUCCCAUUCCCAUGUUCUCUACCUUUAUCUCCUCUGAAUUUAUCAGAACCCUUUAGGUUUAGCAGAGAAAAAGCACUCAAACCCAUCAGAGCUUCAAUUACCCCAACUGUUGAAACCCCCAAAACUUCAUUCAGAGACAAAACCCCAAAAGAAAUCAAUGUUUUGGUAGUGGGUUCAACUGGGUAUAUUGGGAAAUUUGUUGCUAAAGAGUUAAUUAAGAGAGGGUUUAAUGUUAUUGCAAUUGCUAGGGAGAGUAGUGGCAUUAAGGGCAGAAAUAGCAAAGAAGAAACCCUAGAACAGUUGAAUGGGGCAAAUGUUUGCUUUUCGGAUGUGACCCAUUUGGAUUCUUUGGAGAAAAGUUUGGGGAAUUUAGGGGUUUCAAUUGAUGUUGUUGUGUCAUGCCUUGCUAGCCGAAGUGGUGGUGUCAAGGACUCAUGGAAGAUUGAUUAUGAGGCAACAAAGAAUACUCUUGUUGCCGGUAGGAAUCGUGGGGCUUCACAUUUUGUUUUGUUGUCUGCAAUUUGUGUGCAAAAGCCCCUUCUUGAAUUUCAGCGUGCAAAGUUGAAAUUCGAGGCUGAAUUGAUCAAACAAGCCGAAGAGGAUGAUGGAUUUACUUAUAGUAUUGUGAGGCCAACGGCAUUUUUCAAGAGUUUGGGUGGACAGGUUGAAUUGGUGAAAGAUGGGAAGCCUUAUGUGAUGUUUGGGGAUGGGAAGUUGUGUGCUUGCAAACCUAUUAGCGAGUCGGAUUUGGCUUCAUUUAUCGCAGACUGUGUGUUGAGUCAGGAUAAGUUUAAUCGGGUUUUGCCCAUUGGUGGACCGGGGAAGGCAUUGACACCAUUGGAGCAAGGGGAGAUUCUGUUUAGAAUUUUAGGGAGAGAACCAAAAUUCUUCAAAGUGCCAAUUGAAAUAAUGGAUUUUGCUAUUGGGGUUCUUGAUUUUCUUGUUAAGAUUUUCCCUGCUAUGGAAGAUGCUGCUGAGUUUGGUAAAAUCGGAAGGUAUUAUGCUGCGGAGAGUAUGCUGAUUUUGGAUCCUGAGACUGGAGAGUACAGCGCUGAGAAAACGCCAAGUUAUGGGAAGGACACAUUGGAAGAGUUCUUUGAGAGGGUACUCAGGGAAGGAAUGGCUGGUCAGGAAUUAGGGGAGCAAACAAUCUUCUAAUGUUCCCAUUGUGGGAAAAGCUUGUAAAUUUGAAUACUUCAUUGAUUGAAUGUACCAAUUUUGCCUCAACCGAGUAAUUUAAGGUAUGCAGUUCUUAUCUCUUGUAACGGCCUAAUGGGCCUUUUUACCAGGUGCAAAUGAUGUGAUUUUUUAGAAAUGCUUGCAACAUUCAAAAUUAAAAUUUUGUAAUGAAUGCCUUAUUAUUUGUUGAUACAUGCUCAUAUGUUUGUUCC